AUGGCCUUCCAGAGCAGAAAGUUGCCCCUCAUCAGCUUCUCUUGCGGCGGCGAUCCGAGGAAGGAGGUGGUUGGGUUGGAGGUGGAUGAUGACGCAAACGUGGAGGACGAGGAGGUGGUGAGCGCACCCAUGGUGCUGGGCAUCAUGGCUGCGGUGGUGGUGGACAUGGCUGCGGUCGCCUGGGAUGUGACACUGAGCAGCUGCCCCAGCUCCUACAUCUCCAUAGGCAGCAGCAACCCAAGCUCAUUUACGGCCGUGGCAAUAAUCCCCACCGGUGCCGGUGAUCACAGCCCAGCACUAGCAGCCACAGGAGCUCCUGAAUUCACACAGGGAAGGAAGCUUGAGCAGCAUCAGGAUCUUCCAGAAUCAGAAGCAAAGUUCCCUAAGCAAGAAAUUAACGGCUGGGAGCAUCGAUACCUUUGUUCACCAUCGAAGCAACUCAAGAACGUGACUACUUCCAUCAAGGAGAUCAGUCGCUGGGCAAGAUCUUCGCCAGGAGUAAAGGUGAACUCAAAUAUCCGGCUCUUGGAGUCUGUACUUUCUUUAAUACAAGUGGUGACUUCGACGGCACCACACCCAGAUCACAUCGUCGACAUGAUACGGGUCCAUGAUGCGCUUGCUAACCUGUUGCUUGUCCUGCCCAAUAAUAUCUUCCCUUUCCUGGUGCAAAAUUUUGCUCAGAUUGUGGAUGAAUUAGGCCCGAAAAGAGGUGCAUCUUUAUCAGCGAGGUUUGAAAAGACACUGCAUGAUUUGCGAAGAAGCAUAAGGAGUGGUCUUCAGGUACUCAAUGUCAAGAUCUGUGAUUAUACAUCUGAAGUAGUCCCACAAGGUGGUGGUGUCCAUGAGAUCACCAAAUACUUGUUGAAAUACAUCAUGUCACUGCUGGACAAUGGCAGAUCUCUCAAACUCAUACUUGUCAGCGAUGAACAGGAUGGCAUGGUUGAAAUGGAGACGCUGCAAGAUGCUGUUGCUACCUUGAUCUGUCACUUGGAAAUUAUGCUUGAGAAAGAAUCUCAUCGCUAUCAAGAUGCAGGGUUAAAACAAAUGUUCAUGGUGAAUAACGUGAACUUUGUGCUGCAUCAAGUAGAAGGCUCAGAGAUAAAGUAUCUUCUAGGAGAGGAUUGGGUUCUGAAGCACCGAGACCAACUGAAGGACCACAUCUCAUCGUUCAUCAACAUUUCUUGUGAAUCUGUCAUGUAUUGCUUCCAUGUAAAGACCAACAAAAUCUCAAUCUUUUCUAGCCUACCGACACUGCAAAUAUUUAACCUGGAAUUUGAGAAAACUUACUGGACUCAGAAGACAUGGAAAGUUGAAAAUCCUCUGCUCCGGUCCAAUAUGCGUAAAUCAGUAUCAGAGAAGCUUGUUCAGGCUUACAGUACAUACCUUGAGAAUCACAAAAACAAAGCUCCAAAGCUUAUGAAGUACACCCCUGAAGAUCUUGAAGAGCUGCUGUCAGAUCUGUUUGAAGGAUAAUGGGCAUAGCUAAAAAGAGGACAAAGCACAGAUGCAUCUGACAAAUUGUUGUCAACAAAUCUGAAGGAUAAAUGAUCCCUUGAGCUAGCAGGAAGAUCGGAUUCAGAUGCAUGUUUCCAAAGCUUGCGUAGUGAAUAUGGAACUGUAACUGAUAUAUCCUUCAUAUGUUAAGAUUGAACUGUACCUAAGGUUC